UCAACUACAACUACAAAAUGUCUGCUUUCCAUAGCCAAUGACAAUGAUAUUUAAGACAUGAAAACUGAUCAGGCAGCUUGUAUUGUCUAGCCAGAUGAUUAAGCUUAACAGCUGAGCACUGUGUGAGCCAUGGAGGUUGAUGGAGUCCCAUCACAGGAUGACCAUGGUCUCAGGCGUCUGCUUCCUCUGUACCACUUUCUACAAAAUACAUGUGUGAAAGCUGCUUUUGACAUCCUUGUUCGUGAAUUCAGAAAUACCCAGUACAUCAGAGACAACCUUGAUAAGCAAGUUAAACGUUCAAUGAAAUUCCAGGUCUUGCUCUAUCAGAUUCACAACAGAACUAAGACUUACGAUAAAGGAAAAAAGAAAAAAGGACAAGGUGGGAGUGGAACUAAUUCACAGUCCCAAGAGAACAGCUCCCACAACAGAAGAUCGCAACAGAUAACCAAUAUUAAGGAAAAUGAAUAUAUACUCUCACAGGUCACAGUGGAGGAUUUGCUCAAUGCCAAUGAGAAAUGCAAAGUGCUUAUGGACUUAGAUUUGAUCUUUAUUCUAAAUGUGAUAAUAAAUGAAACUAUCAAGUACACUUUGAGCGAUUCAUUACUGGAAGCCAUUAUUCAGAUAAAGGACAUCAGGAAAGUUGUUUUCCACCCACGUUACUCUUUUAGUGAGGAUGCCUUUGACAAAAAUCUGAAAGGCUUGGUUAAAGCAACUUACAUCUUGUAUAAGCACUUGGGCUACUCAUUAGAACAAGUGGACGAGAAAGAAAAUGCAUGCCGUAAGGAAGCCACACAGGGUGAUACACUUGCAUCUACAAUUAUAGAUGAACUGCAGUCUGAAUUCCGUACAAAGUAUGCAGCCCAUCAAAAUUUCAUUGCUCCUAAUAUUUCAAAUGCAGAAAAUCUGUCUGAAAAUCUUGAGAACUUCAUUGACCAGGAAAGCAGAAGAGGUGAAGAUAAGUUACCUAUAUUGUUGUGUGGUCACAGAGGCACAGGGAAGGCUCAAAUACUCCAGAGUUUGGCUUUCUCAUUUAGCCGGCUGCACAGUGACCUUGCAUCGAAGUUCUUGCUGGUGCUACAUUUAGACGACUGGGACAGAAGAUACUGGUCUUGGGAAGUAACUGGGGAGGAGUUCUGGGACCAGAUAUUCAAAUGCGUUAAAAGUUUAGCUCCAGGUACGGUAAGUAAAUAUGGAUUGGAUUCCAUAAAGGAAGUAAUUAAAAUGUAUAAAGAUAGGAUUCUCUUUCUAAUAAAUUUGGAUGUCAGUGCUGUGGGCCAUAUACGCAAAGAGGUGCAGCAAGGUACGUGGUUGAUUACUUAUCAUGGCUCGCAUCCUCCAUCUGUAGAUUGGCAGAUACUCAAAGUGAAACCAUAUGAAGAGGCUCAAGUCAAGACUUUAUUAAUGCAUUUAAAUUAUGGGCAUCAUGAGGAUAUCCUUCGCUUAUAUGAAACUUGUGAAUACAAAGGCAUCCUCACAUCGUUAGACAUGAUUAAGAUCUUCAGUAAAUUGACAAGCAAAGUUACCACCGGCACAGAUUUUGACAUUGCAAAGUUGUUUGUGUCUAAAGAGCUCAGUUUUCUGAAUGAUGAAGACCGUGAAGAACAGGUGCUAAAAUUAGGAGAAAUUGCAUUUCAUGCUAUGCGCAAAGCUAGAUCAGUUCUGGACGAUAACGCACUCUGUAACGUCCAGCGUGAAGUUAAAGACAAGUUUCUCGUACAUCUGGUAGGUAGCGGCUUAACCUUCAUUCAUUGUAUAGUACAGGACUUUAUGGCAGCAAAAUAUGUCAUUUGUAACCCAGACAAGGCUUGCAUGAAAUGGCUGCAAAAUACUGAGUCUUUCAAAAGAGUGUUUAAGUUUGCUUGUUCCUUGUGGUGCAAAGAUCCAAAUGAGUUGGAAAAGAAUUUGGAAUAUAUCAAACAGUAUCUAAUUCAUCUUUUUAAAAUAAAGGAUCUAAUAAAGUAUAGGAAAAGCAACAGAAAUAAUGUGGGAAAGGUGGAAACAGUGGAAACUAAUAAGAAGAAAAAACAGAAGUCUAAGAACAAGAUUCCUGUUUUUGUAAACCCAGUGAAAGAUCCGUUCACAAAAUGGAAUUUUAUCUUGCAUCUUGAUGAUGUUUGCAGGGACCUCAAAAUUUUAGACCUGCUAGCUGACCUCCUCUCGCAUAUUCCUUGUUGGUCAUUCAAUGCUGAGAAAUACUUUAAUAAUGGACAGUUAAUCAGAAUAGAGAAAAUAUUAAGUAAAGUGAAAUUACAUAAAGAAUCACCAGUCAUGAUUAGGCUAGAAAGUGGUACAGGUGCUGACAUGGAGAUGCUCAUUGAACUGUGGAAUAAGAUCAAAAAUAUUUCUAGCAUUCAUGACCGUUGCAGAAUUAAAAUUAUAGUCACUUGCAAUAGCAGUGUUCCUUUUGAACAUGACAAGUGUGUUUCAGAUUUUUUUAAAGUGAUUGAAAGAGCCCACUGUCCAGUGUACAUUUCACAUUACACAGGGCCUUUCGUAGGUAUUCCAAAUAUACUGAAAUGUAAGUGCCUGAGAAAACUAGAGAAAGUGGAUGUCAGUGUUUAUGAUGUAGCAUCUUUGCAGGAAAUAUUGUCAUGUAAAGAAAUAAUUUCUUUGAAAGAUGUCUCAGUAAGAGUUGAUCUGAAGGUUUCUGAACAAGAAUGUUUUGAUAACCGCUGUAUAGAAAUACCAAAAAAUAUCAACCUUAAACUCAGUAUAAAAUAUUUUAAUAACAUUCAGAAACUAUUAAAUACCUUUAAGUUUCCAGAACAUCUUUCAUCACUGAGCCUUCAUGAUCUGUUUAUUAAUGAGAACUUUAAAUUAGAUCUUUCAGCUUUCCAGAAAGUUGAAAGUCUCUAUAUAAGGUGUAAGCCAAAUAUCGAAAAUGAAAAUAAAUGCAAAAGUAGGGGCUCUGAUAUCAAUGAGGCCAUGGAAAUUGAUUUACCUAAGCAAGUACCUGACCAUAUGAGAAUGCUGCCAAGGUGUACCUGGAUGUUUCAACUCAAAAUGAAUCUCUCUCUCCCUCCAAAUCUAGAAAGACUCAUGCUAAGGAAUGUGGAAUUCUACAACAAUUCAAAUAAUCAUCUGUUGCUCGAGUUCUGUAAAAGCAAUACAAUUAAGAGGCUGGUAAUCUUAGAUUCUUUGCUUUCUUUGAAAGGUGUCAGAAAGGUAGUGAGUACUCAUACUGACAGUGUUAAUGACUUAGAGAAGAUGACCAAAAAGUUGAGAGUGGACAGAUCUCAUAGUUCUGAAAUGAAAGAAUUUAUUGAUAAAAAUCCCAGGCUCUCAGAAUCAAACCGUAAAGAAAGGCGUCGGAAAAAGCCUCCAGGGAAGGAAAUAAUAAUAACAUCAGAGUUAGCCUUGUGCACAAAAUGCAAAAAAUUUCCUUGUGGGUGCCCACCACAGGCUGGAGAGGACAAUAACGACACCUUUGAGGAUCUGGUUAACUUAAUUGAAGAUAUUUAUCACUAUGAUAUCCUGAGCUUCACAUACACGAGCAAUAUCAUAUCAGUGAGGAAGGACUUGUGUCAUGAUCUCAAAGUCCACUUUGCUGUAACUAUGCUGGAUGAUGCUGUUGCCUCAGCAUUAGGUUCCACUAGUGAUGGAUUAUGUCAGCUCUUUUUUAAAUUAACUUUAGCACAAUGUAUCAGUUUUUAUCACACUAAUCUCUCAGACAAUGGUGUUCUGAAUGUCAUUCAUCAUCUGAAGCAUAACAAAGGAAGCUAUUGUACAGAUGGAGCACCUGAACCUUUCUCCUUAACAAUAGAAUCCUUUUGGCAUCCUUCAUCACAUGAGACAUUGUUUAGUGAACUCAUUAAAUUCAUCAAAAUUGAGAAGUGUUUAGCAGUGUUCAACUUUUGGUGUAUGUGUCCAGUUAAAUGCUAUAAACUGAAGAAAUUCCAAAGUGGUAACAUACAGAUGAAUGAUAAACCUAUAAAGAAUAUGUAAU